GACAUGCUGUGAAGGUGCAGGCUUCACACUGUAUUUUAUGACUCACAAGCACAAUCGAUUAAGGAUGUCUGUAAAAACAGAACCCACUUGUUACGCAGGGACAGCCUGUAAAUAAUUCAUGCCCGCUGCAUUUGACCCCUCAAAGGGAAGUAGGUGCGUGGAGGCGCAAGAACUGCAGAGGCUGGAAUCUUGAGCAAACUGCUGGAGGGAACUUAGUGGGUCAGGCAGCAUCUGUGGAGAGAAAUGGACAGAUAAUAUUUUGGGUCAGAACCCUUCUUCGGAGUGGGUUCUUUCUAUCUAUACAGCCUGGGAAACCAUCAUUGUAUACAUCCCAAUUGUCCUCCCUCAGUCCCCUUUGAUGCAAAGAAAAUUCAUAUUAUCCAAUAUUUCCUCAUGGCUAGGGCUUUCCAUACGAUAACUUCCUAGUAAAUCUCUUCACCAUCUCUAAUAUAAUCACUUCUUUCUACAUUUACAUAAUAUAUAAGUACAAACAGUAGAUGCUGAAAAUCUUUGUCAGCUUACUUAGCAAUGGAGACUGAACCAAAAUAAUAUUUUGGGGAAAGGACCUGGGAAUGGAUUUUGAAUGUCUAUGAGUUAUUUUUGGCCUAUUUUUGAUGUUCUGCUUCUUCCUGCUUUUGGUGAAAAGAAACUGAUUUCAUCUCAUGAGUGUGGUAGCUUUUGGGAUUGAGACAUCACAAAGACAAGGGAAGUGGUUGUAGAGAUGGUGCGCAGAGUCCUGGUGACAGGAAUUAGCAAAAGUACAUUGAUAAUUGAUUCACUACAGCAGCAGAACGGUGGCAAACGGAGGCUGGUUAAAGAGGAGCAGAGGAGGCAGCUGUACCUAGUGUCUGGUUCAAACUGUUGAUUGAGAAUCAAAUGGCCAUCAGUACCACUCUGCCGAUGAGGACUGGAGCGUUUUUCCUCAAGGUAGGAGAAACCAAUUCUGUUUGUUAGAAUUGUGCUUGAAAGAAAGCUGGAAUCAGACCUUUGGGAAGUGCGAUCCAUAUCUGUGGCUGUGGAUAUUCCACAUUCCUGCGCACAGACAGGGAGUCAGUUAGCACCGUAUGGAUAGAUGGGGUCAGGCUUUCUCCAACAGCUGGAGAGUUAGUAACAAGAGGACACGGAUUGGAAAGAUUAACACUGGGGAGAGCAAGAGACAAGGAACUGCAGAUGCUGGCUGCCUUUUUGGGGCAGCACCUCCUGUAGAUCCCUUCAAUGGUGGGGAGGUGAGUGUCUGUGAUGAACUGGGCAGUAUUCACCAUAUUUUUGCAUUCUUCUUCAUUCCUGGGCAUUUGAGUUGCCAAACCAUGCUGUGACACAACCAGUCAAUAGGUUCUCUACCUGUAGAGGCCCAAGAGAAUAUUUGUCAACAUACCAAAUCUCCUUCGCCUUCUAAUGAAGUAGAGGCGUUAAUGGGCUUUCAUUAUGAUUGCAUCAAUGUGCUGGGUCCAGGACAGAUCUUCAGAGAUAUGCACACGCAGGAAUUUGUUGUUUUGGACAUUCUUCACCACCGUCCCGUCAAUGAAAACAGGUUUGUGGAUCCUCCACCUCCUCUUCCAAAGUCAACAAUCAGUUCCUUGGUUUUACUUGCGUUGAGAGCAAGGUUGUAGUUCUGGCACCAUUCGGUCAGUCGAUCGACCUCCCUCCUAUACUCUGACUCACCGUCAUCUGUAAUUUGUCCAAUAAUGGUGGUGUCAUCGGCAAAUUUGAAGAUGGAGUUGGAACCAUGCCCAGUUAUGUAGUCAUGAGUAUUGUGUGGGUAGAGCAGGGGUCUGAGCACGCAGUCUUGUGGUGCUCCUGUGCUGACGGUUAUCGAAGAGGAAGUAUUGCUGCCACUUCAUACUAAUUGUGAUCAGUUGAUGAGGAAGCCGAGGAUCCAGUUGCAGAGGAAUGUGCACAGACCAAGUUCUGUGAGCUUGGUAACUUCUUCUUUAGAUUUCAGCUGGGUCUCUAUCCCUUCCUCAUCCCAGAUGCUUCCUGACCCGCUGAGCAGCACUUUGUGUUUUACUCAACAUUCCAGCAUCUGCAGCCUCUUGUGUCAGAUUUAUACAUUUCUUUUUUUAUAAUGUGUUUUCUGAACUAUUUUCUUGUUGGCUUCUUACAUAACUCUGUUUUAUAUAAGAGGUGAAAUCAUGUAUCAAAACAACCGUGAGAGAGUUUGACAUAAUUUAUUUGUGAAUAGUGAGUUAUAAACAAGAAUUAAUGGGAUACUGUUAUAAACUGGUUUGCUGAAGGGCAUGUCACGAAACAAGCCUUUAUACAAAAGCCAUUCUUCAUCCAAAUUACAUCAAUUUUCACACAUUCAAUGUCACCAUAUAAUUCCUUGCCGGAUAUUUGUCAUGUCAAGUAGAGUUCAUUGUCAUGUGCUCAAGCGCGGUGAGGUACAGAUAUAUUUGGCUAUGAACUGCUUUGCACAUCCUGCAGUUAUGAAAGGUGCUGCAGGAUGGGUAAAGCAGGAUCUCUUUUAAUGCUUUCUGCUGGAUUUGAACUCAGAGAAUGACAAUGAACUAAAGGUGAUUGUAUCCUGUGCAGGGAGGGUUUGUCAGGUGGAAUUCUCUGCCUCAGUGGGAGGUGGAGGCAGGUUCUCUGGAUGCUUUCAAGAGAGAGCUAGAUAGGGCUCUUGAAAAUUGCGGAGUCAGGGGAUACGGGAAGAAGGCAGGAACGGGGUACUGAUUGGGGAUGAUCAGCCAUGAUCACAUUGAAUGGCGGUACUGGCUCGAAGGGCCAAAUGGCCUACUUCUGCACCUAUUGUCUAUUGUCUUUGGCCUUCACAGUCACACAGCAUGGAAACAAGCCCUUUGGCCCAACACAUGCCUUCCCAUCUAAGAUUGUCCCAUUUGCCUGUGUUUGAUCCAUAUCCCUCUCAACGUUCCCUAUGCAUGUACAUGUCCAAAUGUUGUUUUAAUGUUGUUAUUGUACAUGCCUCAACCACUUCCUCUGGAAGCUCAGUAAAAUCAGCUGCAGUCCCUUUUUUAUGGAUACUGAAAGUCACUGAAAGUAAGCAUGCAGGUACAGCAGGCAGUGAAGAAAGCUAAUAGCAUGUUGGCCUCCAUAAUAAAUAGGAGUUGAGUAUAGGAGCAAAGAGGUCCUCCUGCAGUUGUACAGGGCCCCAGUGAGACCACACCUGGAGUAUUGUGUGCAGUUUUGGUCUCCAAAUUUGAGGAAGGACAUUCUUGCUAUUGAGGGAGUGUAGCGUAGGUUCACAAGGUUAAUUCCCGGGAUAGCGGGACUGUCAUAUGUUGAUAUAAUGGAGCAGUUGGGCUUGUAUACUCUGGAAUUAGGAAGGACAAGAGGGGGGUUUAUUGAAACAUGUUAGAUUAUUAAGGGAUUGGACACACUAGAGGCAGGAAACAUAUUCCGGAUGUUGGGGGAAUCCAGAACCAGGGGCCACAGUUUAAGAAUUAGGGGUAGGCCAUUUAGAACGGAGAUGAGGAAAAACCUUUUCACCCAGAGAGUUGUGAAUCUGUGGAAUUCUCUGCCUCAGAAGGCAGUGGAGGCCAAUUCUCUGGAUGUUUUCAAGAGAGAGUUAGAUAGAGCUCUUAAAGAUAGCGGAGUCAGGGGAUAUGGUGAGAAGGCAGGAAUGGGGUACUGAUUGUUGAUGAUCAGCUGGCUCAAAGAGCCGAAUGGCCUACUCCUGCACCUAUUGUCUAUUGUUUAUUGAUACAUGGAGCCCUAGUUGUGGUAUUAAUGUGCAUAAUCCCUGCCCUGGUUUAAGUUCCCACAAGAUUGUAUGUCUGUUUUAUUUUGGACAGACUUACUAAAUUCUACCAGCUUUAUAGGACGAUGCCUCAACCCUUUGGGGAUUCUCACGGUGCCCGUUCUGCAAUCAGUUUCUCAUUGACUCAGAGCAACACGCAAAGAACAAAAGCUUCACUUAUACCAGAAUCACGAGUGCAACCUUCAUCCUGCCAUCUCUCACCACGGACUGCUCCUUUAAAACCCUCCGUUAAGCUCGCACUUGGACCAAGUUUCCGAUGAGCACUGUUCCACCAAGUCUGAUUGCGGCUCUCUCUUGCUGUUGACUGGAUGUUAUUGAAAUACGGGGUAUAUUUGUCUAGAUCUUGUUGUCUGUAAUAUGCGCCUCAGUGUUUGGGAGAUUUGUUUGGGAGAUUUGGUGACAACUUCAGCUCAUUUAAAAUAAAAUGCACAUGGGAGACGGAGAAGGUGUGUUGGCCCUGGAGGAAUGAGGAACUGCAGAUGCUGAAAUGUUAGACAAAACCCAAAGUGCUGGAGGAACUCAGCGAUCAGCAUGUGUGGAAGGAACAGAUGAGCAACAUUUCGGGUUGGGACCCAUCUGAAACAGGGUCAGAUUGAAGAAGAGUCCCAACACAAAACACCACCUACCCAUUCCCUCCACAGAUGCUGCCUGACCACAGAAUUCCUCCAGCACUUUGCGUUGCUGUUAAUGACAUGGUGUAAUGAUAAAUGCACUUAAAGACAUUCAUAGAUAAAAUGUACUGUGUGUUGUUGAGUUUUAAUUCUCCUUGAUGGGUUAUAAUUGGAUUUAUUUUUCCCUUGCAGAACAUUUGAGGUUUUCCACCACAGGUCUCCCUUACUCUCCCUUGAACAGUUCCAUGCCUGGGUGGGCUUGCGGAGCAGAGAUGAGACGGUUACCGAGUGAGGAUGAGAGUCAGCUCGAGGUCACUGCUGAAGUUACCUUGAGUGCCGACACGGACGAGGUUUUCACUGAGGAUGAGGACCUGGGCAAUUACAACUGCACCCUUGGCCACUCCGUGCUGGCCAAGGGCCCAGCCCCUUCUACACCCAAACAUCAGAAGAGGACAAGGAAUCAAUAUUACUUCCGCGAAGCCGACAGCUCGAAAAGCAAGGCGCCCAUGGACUCCUUCUACCCAAAAGGUUAUCAACUGUCUCAGAAUUCAAACACCCCAUCGCCUAAGGAGAAGGAAAAGAGGCAGUCCCUGGAUUCGUUUAGAAGCAGUGAGAAGAAUUCUCUGCCCCAGCUGUACGAGCGCCAGUGGCUGUUUGAGGUGGUGUCCAAAGGCAAUGCGUGCAAGUUAGAUGGAUUCCUGCAGCACCUGAUCCGGAGCAACAAACGCCUCACUGACUGGGAAUUCAGAGACCCUGACACGGGGAAAACCGCCUUGCUGAAAGCUCUGCUGAACUUGAGCAGCAAUCGCAAUGACACCAUCCCUGUGCUGCUGGAAAUUGCGGAGAAAACAGAUGACUUGAAGCUGUUCAUCAAUGCAGCCUACAUGGACAGUUACUACAAGGGCCAGACAGCACUGCACAUCGCCAUCGAACGCCGCUGCCUGCACUACGUGGCGCUCCUGAUCCGUAACGGUGCCAACGUCCAUGCCAAGGCCAACGGCUUGUUCUUCAAGGACAGAGAGGGGCAGCCAGGAUUCUACUUCGGGGAACUGCCUCUCUCACUCGCUGCCUGCACCAAUCAGCCAGAGUUGGUGAACCAUCUGCUGGAAAACCCAUACGAGCAGGCACAGAUCGAGGCAGUGGACUCGAAGGGCAACAAUGUGCUCCACGCACUGGUAUCCAUCUCCGACAACAGCCGGGAGAACACCAGGUUCGUCAUCGAGAUGUACGACCUUCUCCUCAGGCUUGGCGUGAAGCUCCAACCUCAACUCAGCCUGGAGAACGUGCGGAAUAAGAAGGGGCUCACUCCCCUCAAGCUGGCCGCCAAGAUGGGAAAGAUUGAGGUGCUGAAGUACAUCAUUGGGAGAGAUAUCCAGGAGGAGGGGUGCCGGCAUCUGUCCAGAAAGUUCCGGGAGUGGGCCUACGGGCCGGUGCACUCCUCAUUGUACGACCUCUCCGAACUGGACACGCACGAGAAAACCUCCGUGUUGGAGAUCAUCGCUAAACAGACUCCGAACCGACACGAGAUGCUGCUGCUGGAGCCUCUCAACCAUCUUGUGCAGGAGAAGUGGAACAGCUUUGCCAAGUUCAUCUUCUACUUCAAGUUUAUCGUCUACCUGUGCUAUAUGAUUGUCUUCACCAUCACCGCCUACAACAGGAUCGAGAAUAGGAAGCCUCCAUUCGCACUGGAGUACACAGUGACCGGCUACCUGCAUGUGGCCGGACAGAGCAUUAUGCUCCUCGGGGCCAUCUACCUCUUCUUCCAGGGGGUGGAAGAGGUUUUCCUGCGGCGGCGGCGCACUCCGAAGUCCAUCUCCAUCGAUGGCUACUGUGACAUCCUCUUUUUCGUUCAGGCUUUGCUGCUCCUGUCAUCAUCCGUACUGUACGUUGCCGGACGGGAGGAGUAUGUGGGCUUCAUGGUGAUUUCACUGGCGAUUGGCUGGAUCAAUACACUGUACUACACCCGGGGCUUCCAGCAAAUGGGCAUCUACAGUGUGAUGAUGCAGAGGAUCUUCCUGACGGAUCUGAUGAGCUUCCUUCUCGUCUACGCCGUGUUCCUCUUCGGAUUCGGAGCUGCGUUGGUGGUGCUAAUUGAGGACGGUGUCUACAACAACACCAAACCUGGUUGCAAAAAGGACACCACCUACAAGAACUUUGGGACAACCUCCUUGGAGCUGUUCCGAUUCACUAUCGGCAUGGGAGACCUGGAGUUCACUGAGAACUACAAAUUCAAGAAGGUUUUCAUCUUCCUGCUAAUAUCGUACGUCAUCCUUACCUACAUCCUUCUGCUCAACAUGCUGAUUGCCCGGAUGAGUAAAACAGUGGAAGAGAUUUCCAAGGACAGUAAAAGUGUCUGGAAACUUCAGCGAGCCAUCACCAUUCUGGACCUGGAGAAGAGCCUCCCGCGAUGCCUGAGAGCCAGGUCCCGGUCAGGAGAGCUUGUGAUGGUCGGGCUUACAUUUGAUGGGCAGGAGGAUCAGAGGUGGUGUUUCAGGGUGGAUGAAGUUAACUGGAGCAGGUGGAACACUGACCUCGGCCUCAUCAACGAGGAACCAGGAAACUCUGAGCUGCUGAGGAGGAACUCAACCUUUACCGGCAAGAUAACCCGUGGAGAGCGGAGCUGGCGUUCCAUGCUGCCCCUGUUGAAAGAAAUUAAAUCUGAGACGCAGGACGAUGCGAUGACUCUGGCAGUGUUGAACAGCAACCCAUCGAGACAGCCCCACAGACGACCACGCCGACCACGCACUACCAUUGCCAAGGUGGUCUGAUGUCGGAGGUCAGUAGUGGGCUGGGACACUCUUCCAGAUGGACACUCGCACCCUUAGCAUCCUCCGUAACUGGCUCCCCAACCUUCCAGAGUGUCCUGCAGUGUUCUGAUGGAAAACCAGCCCCCGGGUCACUGCUGGAUGCAAGGCGCAGAAGUAGGGUCAUCGGAAAUGUAAGGUUGCUUCAAUUUGUGGAAAAUAUAUUAGUUUAUUACUUGUGUAAAAAAAACAUUGGAGAUGGAAAGAGAAUAUUAUUGAAGACUUUCCAUUUUCCUUUUGGCUGUGAAGACGGGAUGUCAUGGCAAUGGACAUGUUGGGUGAUCAAUGGUGGGAGAGUUGAGGUGGCCAAGAUGAGAGGUCGGGUGAUGAUACUUCCAGCCAGUGUUGCCGGCUCUUCACUAGUCACUAGAGUGUACAGUCAUUCCCUGCCACCCACCCUUGGCGUUAGAGUAGAGUGGGUGCUUUUGGAUUAGGUCCAUCAUUGGGUCACUGACACCGGGGCUGUCCUUGUUAUCCUCAACUCACAUCUGGUUACUGAGAGUGGGAACAGGAGCUAGUCUGUGGAACAAGUCAUCCUCUGUUCAUUGCUGUGACAUUGGCUGUCACAUUAUAGAGUCGUACAGCACAACCCGUCCAUGCCAACCAAUAUGUUUAUCCACACUAAUCGCAUUUGCCUGCAUCAGGCUCAUAUCCCUCCACUCCUUUCCCAUCCAAGUACCUGUUUAAUUGUCUUCUAAAUGUUAAAAUACUAUCUGCUUCUACCCCUUUCUCUGGCACUUCAUUUCAGAUAACCACCACCUCCUGUGUGGAAAAAAUGUGCCCAACAUAUAUCUCCUUUAAAUUUCUCCCCUCUUGCCUUAAACCUGUGCCCUCUAGCUUUAGAAACCCCUGCCCUUGGAAAAAUACUCAGUCCAUCUACCCUAUAUUCAUGAUCUAAGGAUGAAUUCCCAAUCUACCUCGUUGCAGUGCUUGAACUUUUUAUUUUUAUCGGCACUUUCGCCAUGGCAAUAACACUAUAUUCUACACUUUGUUAUUUUUCUUUUUUGCAUGACCAUGAUGUGCUUGUGAACGUGCAUGGUAUAAUUAGCCUGGAUAGCAUGCAAAACAAUUUACACUGUCAAAGUACACAUAAUUAUAAAACAAUAGCAAUCUAUGCCUCUCUCAUUUUAUAAACCUCUAUUAGAUCACCCCUCACUCAGCCUUCUAUGUUCUUCCCACCCCCACCCGAGAAUUGUGGAGGCAGAGGGUAACGAGAGUGCAGCCGCUACAGUGAUCUAGGAGGAUUGUUGCACCAGUAGUCAAUACAAAUCGAUUAGAGAGGCCACAUUAGCUAUACAAUUACAGAAAAAUAAAACUCAGCAGGUCGGCAGCAUCUGUGGAGUGAGAAACAGUCAAUGUUUCAAAUCUGCAACCACUCAUCAGAACUCAGUCACAGACCCGAAAUGUUAACUGGGGAGUAACGUAGAACAGUGAAGGGCCUGCAUCAUAUCAGGGUCUCCAAAAGAUUUUGAACUUUUCAAAAUCCAGCGGCGACAAAAAAAAUGUUGCGACACUUAAGGAAACAAGUCAUCGUGCUGCAUCACGCCGCAACUUUUUCGGUGACCUGAUACGUAAGUCAAUUAUGCUGGCAGUCGCCGAAAAAAUCUCCAAGUAGAACAGGCCAUUGAGACCUUGGCGGCACAUAGUUCCCUGAAAGUGGAGACACAGGGUAGAAACAUAGAAACAUAGAAAAUAGAUGCAGGAGUAGGCCAUUCGGCCCUUCGAGCCUGCACCGCCAUUCAAUAUGAUCAUGGCUGAUCAUCCAACUCAGUAUCCUGUACCUGCCUUCUCUCCAUACAUGGGCCGCAUCUAACUCCCUCUUAAAUAUAGCCAAUGAACUGGCCCCAACGACUUUCUGUGGCAGAGAAUUCCAGAGAUUCACCACUCUCUGCGUGAAAAAUGUUUUCCUCAUCUCGGUCCUAAAAGAUUUCCCCCUUAUCCUUAAACUGUGACCCCAACAUCGGGAACAAUCUUCCUGCAUCUAGCCUGUCCAACCCCUUAAGAAUUUUGUAAGUUUCUAUAAGAUCCCCCCUCAAUCUUCUAAAUUCUAGCGAGUACAAACCGAGUCUAUCCAGUCUUUCUUCAUAUGAAAGUCCUGACAUCCCAGGAAUCAGUCUGGUGAACCUUCUCUGUACUCCCUCUAUGGCAAGAAUGUCCCUCCUCAGAUUAGGAGACCAAAACUGUACGCAAUACUCCAGGUGUGGUCUCACCAAGACCCUGUACAACUGCAGUAGAACCCCCCUGCUCCUAUACUCAAAUCCUUUUGCUAUGAAAGGGUGGUGAGGAAGCCUAUGGAAUGCUUGCCUUCAUCAGAGGGAUCAUUGAGUACAGGAGUUGGGAGGCCAUGUUGCUGUUGACAAAAGGUUAGUCUGGCCAUGGUUAGAGUAUUGUAUACAGUUCUCGCCACCACUCUUACAGGAAAGAUGUGAUUAACCGAGAGAGGGAGUAGAAAACAUUCAAAGGAAUGGCUUGAGUUAUAAGGAGGGACUGGAUAGGCUAGGACUGUUUCAAGUCAAGUUUAUUUCAUUUGUGCCAGUAAGGCAAGGUGCAGGUACAAUGAAAAUCUAAAUUGCUGUAGCAUCACAGAUACAUAGACUCAGACAACACACAAAAACAGAAAAUUAUGCAUAAAUUAUAUAUAACUUAGACAAAUUCUACAAGGCAGGGAAAAGAUAAUCAAAGCCAUGCAAAAAUACACGAUUAGACGCAAGUCUGUGCAAGAGGUAAUGCAGAACGUUCUGAUGUUAAGGUGGGAUUAAGAUUGUGCAUGUUGGUUCAAGCCCCUGAUAGUUGUAGGAAAGUAGAACAAGGAACUCUCAAACAGAGACCCAAUUGAUUUAACUUUACUAACGCUCCCCUCCGCCUGACGGUAGUUGUCCUCACCUUCACAAAUUCACUUUUGAUUCCUCUCACUUUCACCAAAUGGAAGGUGUAGCCAUGGGCAAUUGCAUGGACCCUAGCUAUGCCUGCCUUUUUGUUGGUUACAUUGAACAAUCUUGUUUCAGGCGUACUCUGGCACCAUCCCCAACUUUCUCCGCUACAUCAACGACUGCAUUGGGGCUUCCUCCUGCACCACUAGAGAAAUAUGUGCCAAAUGCAAGCAAAUGGAAUGAGUGUAGAUAACCACCAUGGUCAGCAUGAACAAGUUGGGCUGCAGGGGUCAUUUCCAUGCUGUAUAACUAUGAAUCUUUGAAACCUCUCCCCUGAUUUGCUGGUGUGAUACUCUUCCCCCAUUGGUUGUCUGACACAUGGGGUCAAUUCAUUGAUGCCCCCACCCUCAUGUACCUGCCUUCCCAAAGGCAACCCUGAUUGGAUGAUUUGUUGUAUGUCAAUAUAUCAUGUUACCACUAAUUUUAUAAGUAAUAAAGGUAGAAGUGAAAUCA